AUGAUGAAGCCAAAAGAUUCGACUAAACUCAAUCUCAAAGGUCUCAUGAUUGGUAAUCCUCUUAAUGAUCCAUAUUCUUUAGAAUACGUUGGAAAUGUUCAAGCUUUUUGGGCACAUUCUCUCAUCGAUAAACCAACAUGGGAUAAUGUAGUUCGGUAUUGUAUUGACCCUUAUAAUCGGGAUCCAUAUAAUUCCGAAACUGGAACUGGCUUUCAGCCGUGGUAUGACCCUAUGUGUAUUAAAUACGAUACCCAGGCUAAUUACUUUGUAGCACCACAACUAUAUAAUUCUAGUUAUACGCGUGGACUUGAUCCUUAUGUAAGUUGA